CCCGGCGCGCUCGCACUUGGACGCCUGGCGCCCCCACGUACCCGCCCGGGCUCCGCGCUUCCUCGCCCAAGACCUCCAGGCCGCGUGGGCCGACCGAGGCGGCGGCGGCGGCGCGGCCGGAGGAGCAGGAUGUCUUUCCAGGGCAAGAAGAGCAUCCCCCGGAUGACGAGCGACCGCCUUCUGGUCAGAGGAGGGAAGAUCGUGAAUGAUGACCAGUCCUUUUACGCUGAUUUGUAUGUAGAAGACGGUUUGAUCAAACAAAUUGGAGAAAACCUCAUCAUCCCUGGGGGCGUCAAAACGAUUGACGCCCAUGGCCUGCUGGUCCUGCCAGGAGGGGUCGAUGUACACACCAGGCUGCAGAUGCCCAUCCUGGGCAUGACCCCAGCUGACGACUUCUGCCAGGGGACCAAGGCCGCCCUAGCAGGAGGGACCACCAUGAUACUGGACCAUGUGUGCCCCGACACGGGCAUGAGCCUGCUGGCAGCCUAUGAGCAGUGGCGGGAGCGAGCGGACAGCGGGGCCUGCUGCGACUACUCCCUGCACGUGGACGUCCCCCGCUGGCACGAGAGCAUCGGGGAGGAGCUGGAGGCCCUGGUCAAGGACAAGGGCGUGAACUCCUUCCUGGUCUUCAUGGCGUACAAGGACAGGUGCCAGUGCACCGAUGGCCAGAUGUACGAGAUCUUCAGCAUCAUCCGGGACCUGGGAGCCGUGGCCCAAGUGCACGCAGAGAACGGGGACAUCGUGGAGGAGGAGCAGAAGCGCUUGCUGGAGCUCGGCAUCACUGGCCCCGAGGGCCACGUGCUCAGCCACCCUGAGGAGGUGGAGGCCGAGGCCGUGUACCGUGCCGUCACCAUCGCCAAGCAGGCUAACUGCCCCCUGUACGUCACCAAGGUGAUGAGCAAAGGCGCGGCCGAUGUGGUUGCCCAAGCCAAGCGCAGAGGCGUGGUCGUGUUCGGGGAGCCCAUCACCGCCAGCCUGGGCACCGACGGCUCGCACUACUGGAGCAAGAACUGGGCAAAGGCGGCAGCCUUCGUCACCUCGCCCCCCAUCAACCCCGAUCCCACCACUGCAGACCACCUCACCUCCCUGCUGUCCAGCGGGGACCUCCAGGUGACUGGCAGUGCCCACUGCACCUUCACCACUGCCCAGAAGGCCGUGGGCAAAGACAACUUCACUCUCAUCCCCGAGGGCACCAACGGCGUGGAGGAGCGCAUGUCCGUGGUCUGGGAGAAGUGCGUGGUGUCAGGGAAAAUGGACGAGAAUGAGUUCGUUGCUGUGACCAGUACAAAUGCAGCCAAGAUCUUCAAUUUUUACCCAAGGAAGGGGCGAGUGGCUGUGGGCUCCGAUGCUGACCUGGUUGUAUGGAACCCCAGGGCCACGAAAAUCAUCUCUGCCAAGAGCCACAACCUGAACGUGGAGUACAACAUUUUCGAGGGCGUGGAGUGCCGCGGAGUGCCCGUGGUGGUCGUCAGUCAGGGCAGGGUCGUGCUGGAGAACGGGAACUUGUUCGUCACCCCGGGGGCCGGCCGCUUCAUCCCACGGAAGACGUUCCCUGACUUCGUCUACAAGAGGAUAAAGGCGCGCAGCAGGCUGGCAGAGAUCCACGGCGUGCCCCGAGGCCUCUAUGACGGGCCAGUCCACGAGGUGAUGGUGCCCACGAAGCCAGGGGGCGGUGCCCAGGCCCGCGUGUCCUGCCCAGGGAAGAUCUCAGUCCCCCCCGUGCGCAACCUGCACCAGUCGGGGUUCAGCCUGUCUGGAUCUCAGGCCGAUGACCACAUUGCCAGACGCACGGCUCAGAAGAUCAUGGCGCCCCCUGGUGGCCGCUCCAACAUCACCUCACUGUCCUAGAGGACCCGGCUGGGUGCCAGCAAGUUGGUGCCGUCCCACGGGGUGGUCGGCAGUGGGGCCUGCUCACCUCAGUUAGCUUCCCUUCAUUGAACUGAUUUUGAACGGUGCUUGGCCUUACCUUCCUCUCCCCUGAAACUCUCCUUUUGGGGUCCCAGGUCCUGUUAACGAGGAGCCCCCACAAGGAGAGAGCUGAAUGUGGGGAGGUUUCACUGCCAGGGCAAGGAGGCUGGACGUGGUGGUGGGGACGGCUCAGGUGGCCCCGAGCCCAGGUGCUAGAUGCCUCAUGAAGACAGGGCACCCACUGGGGGCCUCAUGCCAGGCUGGAAGGCUGGGGGCUCUUCACUCCCUCCUCCCCGUUACACAUCACUGCCCCGCGAAGCCCCCAGCUCGCCCUCCUGCUCCCGUGGCACAGGUGCAGCCUGUCCCCCAUCCGCCUCGGCGCAGGGAGGAGGCCCAUGAGCUGAGCCCCUCCCCGGAGCUGCUGUGACUUCAGGGACCCAUCAGGCACUUAGCGCAGGGCGGCGGCCUCCAGCAGGACUUUGCAAACUCGUACACUUUUCCAAGGACCAAACCUCUGCUCGCGUAGAAGCCCCUCUCCAGGAGAAUUUUAGGAUCCUUUAGCUAAGAUGCUUCCCUUUUAUUACUGAACGUACACCCAGUAGUUUGUUAGAGCAGCAGUUUUGUGCGUUGAGGACAACCGUAGCCAGGAAUCUGCAUGCCACCCACAGCCCUGAUGGGGCGCUGUCGCCCCAGUCUGAUGUGAAUUGGGUCAAUUAAACACAU